AAUCCCCUUAUCCCUUUCAUCUUUCUUUCUCUCUAGACCACCAUUAACACCACUACCGUCACCACCACAGCCACAAGAGAAUCUCGUCAAUCAAACACGAAAUCAGAUUCCAAAUCAAUGGAAGAAACCAACAAAUCGACACAAGAGUUAGCAAUUGAGGGGCAAAAAUAUCUAGAAGAUACAAUAGAGUCAGCUUUUCAAAUUUUAUCCUCCAUGAACGAUGAACUCUGUAACCCUCAUUUCUGGUCCACUGCAUCUCCACCUAACGCCCAUCAUCACGCGCCAAACAACGGCGAUGCCACGUCAUCUGACACCACACAUCAGUCUGAGACUGGUGGUGGAGCUCUCGAUGAAGCACGUAUCCGGCACAGGUCAUCUGUUGCCGCUCUGCGCUCCGUUAUCAAUGCUAUUCCCAAUUCUAGAAAGGCCAAGGCUUAUGAUAAUGAUCCAAUGUCAACUGAUGAGUUGGAUGCCGAGAAGCUGGAAGAACGGGCUUCUGAAUUAAGGAAGGAGCUUGAGGAUAAAAACAAGUAUUUAAAGCUUCUCAUAGAUCAGCUUCGAGAGCUUAUUACAGACAUUUCAACUUGGCAAAGUCCUGUAGCAGUAUGAAGCUAAUAUGCCUUUUUUAUAACAAUGGUUGAACUCUAAUAGAUAGGCAAGUUGUUUUUGCGGUUUUGUAUGUGUAGUGAAACUUUGCUAUUUUAAUAUUUUAAGUUGUGCAACCUGUAAUGAUAUAGCAGUUAUUACCAAAUUAGUUUUUACAUGAAAGCUAAUCUAUCGACCGUUUUAGUUUUA